AUGACCGGUUCACUUCCUCUAUCAGUUACCCACAUGUCGUUUCUCCGUCAUUUGCAUCUCGGUGGAAACUUUUUCACCAGGAGAAUCCCGUCAGAGUAUGGUGUUUGGUCUCAUCUCGAGUAUCUUGCUGUUUCCGGUAACGAACUUUCCGAUCAUAUUCCGCCGGAGAUCGGGAACCUUACUUCACUCCGCGAGCUUUAUAUUGGUUAUUACAACACCUACGACGGCGGUAUCCCACCGGAGAUUGGUAACUUAUCGGAGAUGGUGAGGCUUGACGCUGCUUACUGUGGUUUAACCGGUGAGGUUCCGACGGAGUUGGGUAAGCUUCAGAAAUUGGAUACUUUGUUUCUUCAGGUAAAUGCGCUUUCCGGGUCUCUUACGCCGGAGCUUGGAAGCUUGAAAAGCUUGAAGUCUAUGGAUUUGUCGAACAAUGGUUUCACUGGUGAAGUUCCGGUGAGCUUUUCUGAGCUGAAGAAUCUUACUCUUUUGAACUUGUUUAGAAACAAGCUUAAUGGAGCGAUACCGGAGUUUAUCGGCGAGAUGUCGGUGCUCGAAGUGUUGUAG